AUGGCGACAGCAUUGAUGAACGGAAUGCAUACGGCAGGCAUCUAUUCGGACAUGACGGUCGACGGGCCCGAGAUUGGCACCCUGGUGGCUAUUGUCGAUCGUGCUAAGAACCUGCCCAAUGUUAAGCGCAUGGGCAAGCAAAACCCAUACUGCGCCGCCAGGCUAGGCAAGGAAGCAAAAAAGACCGAGACGGACAAACGCGGAGGCCAGACUCCCAAGUGGGACCAGGAACUACGAUUUACAGUCCACGACUCGCCCGACUACCACAACCUCAAACUCUCAGUCUUCAACGAUGACAAAAAGACGGACCUGAUUGGCGAAGCCUACAUCGGCCUGCAAGACGUCUGCAUCCCAGGAGGAGGCAAGCAUGAUGGGUGGCAUGCCCUCAACUUCAAGGGCAAGUACGCCGGAGAAAUCAACCUGGAGUUGACAUACUACGACUCGCGACCGCCAGUUGAAGACAAGAGGAGGGUGAGUGGCAUGAGCGCUGCUGACAAUGGUCGACGAAAGGCCCCCAUCAAGCGUCGUCCGCUGCCCGCCGAGUUGACCGGUCCGCCGCCGCCAGGAUCCAUCGUGCCAGACCAUGCCAGAGGCCCUAGACAAUUGCCCGGACGACCCACAGAGGAUUGGACUCCUCAUGGCUUGAGACCGCGUCCCCAACCUCAACACCACACCCAGUCUGCCCCCGCAGUGCAGCACUAUGACCCCGACGAACUCGACUUGGACUAUCACCCUGGCUUUCACCACCCCUCGAUGCCCGAACUACCUCAAUUGCCUGCCAGUCGCAAACACCGCGGCUCCGUACCUGCGCAGCCUACCAUGCCUCACGACACGCUAGCUUACGAUCACUACGGCCAUGCCCGUUCUCAGAGCAUCCCAACUCUCCCCCAUUCCAUGUCGUCACCAAGCGUUGUUCAAUCGGAUCAGGGUUGGGCAGAACCUCUGCCACGUUGCCUGCAACCGACCGUCGAGGACAUUGACGAAUACGACUAUGAAAGAGAGCUACCUCCACAACCUCCAUCACACACAAGAAACUCUCUAUCUGUGUCCCGUGGCCCUCCACCGAGAAGUAUGUCUGUAGACGACUAUGCUCCCCCACCAGCUCCAGGUUCAUAUUAUGGUUCAUCGCCCAACUUCCGAGCUUCGUACUCGGGCUUCCCUCCCCCAGCUCCUUCUUCGGUGGCAGGAUCGCAUUACCGCAGUCAUUCACGCGUGGCUAGUCGCCAAAGUGUACCUGACGCCUAUGCCAUGACUCCUCCCAGAGCACACCCUCUGGCCAACGAGAUGCGCCGAUCUAUGAGCCCUGCGCCUUCUUCAUUCGCCGAGGACUUUGGCCAACAGUACCGACGUUACAGCAACGAACCAAUUCCUAUGGCUCGUCCUGCCUCUCGUAACGCAUCUCCCCUUCCUCCACGCCCUGCAUCCCGCAACACCUCACCUCUGCCUCCACGCAACAACCUCGACGCUAUCCGCCAUCCCGUCCGCACCUUCGCCAACAGUGCUUCCCCCUCACCCACCCGCAAAGACGUCCCUCGUCCUUCAACCUCCAAUGGCAACUUCUUCUCCCCUGACGACUUCGACUCACUCAACCCCAACGCCUCCUCAAACUCGCCUUUCGCCUCGGGCUCGAACCCACACUCACCCUACCACAUUCAAAACUCCCCCUCUGCCGACGAAGAAGCAGCUCGCCCCCUCCCGGACCCCAAUGCUAAAAUUGUCGGCUUCGACGGCCGCGUAAUCGAUCCCAGCGACCAUCUCCCCGUACACAGUUGGGCACCCGAGCCGGAAAAGAAGACACCUACUAAAAUCUACGGAUCUAAUGGGCAAGUGCAUCCGAAUGGUCUCGCUGGGCCUAGACAAGCAGUCCGCACACCCUCGAGAAUGAGCAUGGGCAGGGAUGUCGUUGUAAAUGUGCGCACGAGAGGCUCACCCCCCAAACGACCCAUGUCUUCCGCAUCCCAUCACAGUCAUAUGACCGGCUCCCCAGGCCCUGGUCCAUUAUCCGAAAUUGACAUUCCCAAUCCCUACGCAGGAGGUUCUACCUACGGUGGUUACGACGGGCAGUAUUCACAAUACUCGACCCCUCCUCCUCCUGCGAGCAACUCACCGCAUUAUGGGGAUGUGUUUGGCAAAUACACACAAGCUUCAAACGAUCAAUAUGGGUAUGGAUAUGAGAAUGGCGGUGUGGGAGGUGGUCAGCAGCAGAUGCAAAUCCAACAAGCGCCGGUUUAUGAGCAACAUGGAUAUGGGGCUUCUGCGUUGAGUAAAGAAAUGGCGAAGAUUGAUAUUGGGGGCUCGAGGAGGCCGCUCAGUAGGGGCACUGUUAGACGGGGUGCUUGGCCUUGA